AUGCCAGCCUUUACGAAGCUUUUAACAUUUUCCAGGGCAUACCUCGCAUUCUUCCUCGAGACCUACGCAGAUGCCCGAGACGCAGCAAGGGAAACAGGAAAACCCCAUCAUCUGCUCCAUUUGCUCGAAGAGCAACUGUCCAUCCUUCAACGGCCUCCAUUCACAACGACCGAGGUCCUCCUCUCAACUCACCACUGCAUGCAUCUCCUCUGCUCUUCUGUGCGCCACAUGAUGAACCCCGAGUUCACACCCUCCUCGACCGGAAGCUGGCUUAGUCUUCUCCUCACGUCAUCCACGCUCGAAAGGAUCCUAGACUUUUUCAUUGCCGCAGCGGACGACCAGUCCGCAGAAGCGAAGCACGCGCACGCCAGGAACAUACAGAGCCAUACUCACACGCGCACACACCACACACAUGCCAACAAUGUAUCAUCCACCUGGACGAAACGGAGGCAGUUCCUGCUGCGGAUGCGAAAGGACUGGGAUGAGUACCUGGCGUCUAUGGAUAGUGACCAAACGGUCGCUGACGAGCAAGAGCCCGUUGCUCCUCCCGGUCUAAGACAGGUAUGGUUUGAAGCAGCUGAGAAGGAGAUGUAUCGACGAGGUGUGAUUACGCAUCGCUGUGAGGAUCCGGUUUACAUUCUCCAUGGGUCGUGUAUAAGGUUACAUUGUGAAUUCUGUGAUGACCAGUAA